AUGCCUCCCGUGCUGAAUCCCUUCCUACGGGCCUUCUUCCGUAGCGCACUACCCAGCCAGUGCCAGCCAGCGCAGCACCACGUCCUUCUGGUCCCGACGACUGAGGCCCUCCUGACCUCGCGCGACAAGGAAUCGAACACGUCGUAUGCCGACCUCAGCGGUUCCGAAGACUUCCUCGCCAGCCAUGUUCUGCGCAUCCCAGGCGGCGCGGGGCCCAACGGCCACCUCAGGGACACGGGUAGCUUCAGGGAAUCGCGGGGCAAGGCAAAGCAGUUCACCACCGCAAAUGGCCGAACAGUAAUUGUCAAAGAUGCCUUCAUAUACAGCAACAAGGGCUUCAAGACACUCAACCAAGCCCAGCUCCUUAACGACACCAUCUUUUACCCCGACUCCUUCGACGCUCAGCCCUGGCUCGUCUACUUCAUAUCCCGCCCCCUCAUCGGCACAUACGACCCGAAUCCCAUCAUACCGGCUACACUGGGUCCCAAGUACAAUGCAAGAGCCGAGCCGCCGGUUGUGGCCAGUUCGUCGGCAAGCGCCAGCUCGUCCAUGCCACGGAAGAAGGAGGUCAGGUCGUUUGGCGAUCUCUUGAACCACUUCCCUAUGAUUGCGCGCCAGAUGCAGCCGGGCCUGGAGAGAAUAUUCAAAGAGUUUAGCAACGAAUUGCAGAAACCGCUGCCAGCAAUACCAUCGCAAAGGUCGCGGCCAUCUUCAAUGAGCUCAAAAACCUCAAGGAGACGGGGGUCGGUAUCCUCGGCAGACACGGCACCAAUCUCUCUGCACAGCAACAUGUCCUAUGUCCCUAACGGCUUCGUCUCGAAUCUCGAAAUCAGCGACGAAGAGGAUCAGAUGCGCAGAUCGUUAGAGACGGCCGUCACGGCAGCCAUUGACCUUUUCCAGAUGGUGGACAAGCAACAGCUGUCACUGCUGGGGGCGACAACGGAUCUCACCGGACCAAUCGUCGAGCGCAUGAUCGAGCGCUACGUUGCCGAGCAAGUACACCAUACGAUUCUGUUUCCACGAAUACAAACAAUACGCCAACUUGAAGACGCUGAUCUCGAGCGACGAACCCGGCAAAUGAUGGAUAUCGAUAUAUCGCAGGUCGGCAUCGACAUUGGACACGGUCGCAAUGGGAAACGAGAACUUGCCAUACGGCUCUCCAAGGCUGUGGAUAUGUUCAAGAAAAUGGGCGUUGCCGGAAGCCCACAGGAAAUGCUGGAAAUCUUGCUCGCGGUGCAAAAGCACAUCACCAUGCCAGACGAAUCCCAAGAGAAGAUUAUGACAAACGGAGCACCGCUAUCAGAGAAGCAGGAUCAUCUGCUUACGAUCAACGCAGAUACACUAGUGUCACUGUUGCUCAUUGUGGUCAUUCGGGCCCCCGUUCGGCACCUUCAGGCACGGUUAUCCUACAUGCGGCACUUUAUCUUCAUUGAUGAUGUUGAAAGUGGCGAAAUGGGCUACGCGCUCAGUACUUUCGAAGCAGUGUUAUCAUACUUGACAACAGAUUCCGGAGGCUUGCGGAGAGCGAGCAGACGGAACCGAGCACUAUGGCAGGCAACCAAGACGGGCGAUAUAGAGACAAUCCAAGGCAUAUUAGAGCCCGACAAAUCUUUUCAUCCAGAAUCAGACAGUUUCACAGAUCAGAGCGAUACUCCGCCAAGGCAUCGUCCAGUUAGAUUUGCAGCAAGCCUCUCAGAUCUUCAUUCACUGGGGGGAACUACAAUGAAUGGCGACGACGAACCACGGAUACGGCAUCAAAGUCCAACUCGUGAUGAGAGCAUGUACGAAGACGGUCCAUUGGCGCAUAUUUUCCCCUUCCAGCGGGCUCAGACGCCCCCGCUAUCCAGGAGGCCUAAGAUGAAGAAGAAGGUAUCAAUGGAUACAAGGAGCAUGUCGAGUGGCUCGGCACGGUCUUAUCAUUCUCGUACCACGCUCGAUUCGCGUGUCAGCGCUAUCGAGGGCGAUGUUUCGAUAGAAAAGCUGACCAUGACACAAGGCCCAGACGGCGAGUCGGUCUUGAUGAUGGCUAUUGAGAACGGGCAAGAUAGGGCACUGCAAUAUCUCCUUAGUUUGACUGAGUAUUAUACACCUCUUCACGUCUUCGAAGACUACAACAAUGAAGGUGUCAACCUGCUGAGUGCAGCGAUCCAACAAGGUCAUGCGAAGACGACAGACACGAUUCUCAAUUACCUUUUGGAGAAUAGCCCGAGUCCUGAAGCGCUACGAGAUUAUCUAGCGAAGCCAGACGCGAAAGGCAGAUGUGUAGCGCAUUACCUCUUCAACCAACCUCGUCUGAUUGAUCGUAUCGGACACCUACUGCCUUGGCGGCUAAAGGACAAGAACGGCCAGACUCCUGUUUUUGCUCUGUGUAGAUCAUACGACCAUGACGAAUACCAUGAUAUGGUUGACAAGGCUCUUCUAGCUGCGACUUACUACCAAAACGACGGACAACCACUGCAUCUCGACGAGCAUGUUGACAACAAGGGAAACAGCCUUUUGCAUAUUAUCACCGAUCCUCAACUAGCUGCCAAGUUGCUAUAUCGCUGCGACUCGGAUGCAAACGCAACAAACGACAGACAGUUUACGCCACUCAUGGUAGCCAGCAAGUAUGGCAGAACAGAUAUGGUGCGAGUUCUGUUUCAAGACCCUAGGGUUGACCUGUCGUUCAGAGACGCACGUGGUCUUACGGCUGUGGAGCUUGCUAAAGAUGACGACGUUCGAAAUCGAAUUGACGACCUGGUGCUGUUAUCAAAUGAGGCUGGACCUGACGGACGAACCACUACUGUCGUUCGGUCCUUCUUUGUUGAAGACGGGACUGUACGUUUGGUGUUGAAAUCCGGAGCACCUAACGACAACAAGUCCAUCACUGUUACGACAUGUCGUCGUUCAUCGCACGACUUUGAGAAUCUCGCAAAGUGGCUAGCGCAAGAACAUCCAGCAUCGUGGCUGCCAGUCAUAGACACCCUGGCGUCGCCAUACCUCAUCCCUUCAAGACCGUCAAGGUCAAUACUACGCGAUAUGCAACUCCGAUUAGACGCCUUCCUCAAGAUUCUUCUAAAACACCCUACUUUUUCAACACACGAGAUGGUGUGGGAAUUUUUCCUCGUGCCAGACAUUGACUCGUCCAUGCUGGCAGAACGCUCAGCACGCAAGGCUGAAUUGCGUGUUGAACGUCUUCGCGAAGAUUACACUCCUAUUCUUGACGUGCGAGAAGUCGAGCUUUUUGUUCAGCACAUGCGUGAAAAUAUCCGCGCCCUCCACCAUGCAUCACGAUCGGUUCUCCGUCGCGCCAACAAGGUCCGCUCAGCAGCAUCUGACCUCAACGACGCGUCCAAGAUCUUCAGUACUGCCAUGCACUCUCUCAUAUUUUUGCCGCCCGCGCAUCUCAAGGCCUUGGAGCGCUACACAGGCACCCUUCGACAGAGCGAAGCAAGUCCCAUGGCAGGCUUCUACUACUCUAUGCACGCCAUAUCCAGCACCAUCGCCGCCAUCCUCACUGCACUCUCCCGCCCCUCCACAAUCAUAAACUCCAUGUCCAACGCCCAAAAAGCGAUUGAUAGACACAACCUCUCUGUGCGACGCUCCGACCGCUGGCCCCUGGGUCUCCUCGACGACGCGCGUAGCAGAGUCCAGCGCGACGCUCAAGUCAAAAUGGAUAAGAGCAAAAUCGAGCUUGAGGAUUUCGGUAGAGAACUCCGGUACACACAGCAAGUCGUGGCUCAGGAACUGGCUAGUUGGCAGGAAAACAGGGUCGAGACGGGACGGAGGGCACUCAAGGAGCUUGCGAGGAAAAUGUGUGUUGCUGAACGUGCCAGGCUGGACAGCAUGAAACGCGCUGUGAGGGAGCUCGGGAUUGGGCUGGAAAAACAGGUGAAGUCGGGGUCUGGCAAGCAUGCAGCUGUGAGCAAUGGAGUGCCUGCCGCAGUCGCAAUGGGUGAUGGUUAUGGUGGGCCUGCAGAGCAUGUCAAAAGGGCCGAGCCCACUAUUCCACAACACCUUCAUCUAAACGGAGGUUUAAUAGACAAACAUGUCGCCGAGGGUCCCGGCACUGUGGAGCAUCCAGAGGAAGAAGGCGUUGUGCUAUCGAAUGGGGAAUCUGCGGCUGAAGACGCACCGCUUGCAGAUGAGGUUGCGCUUGAGCAGGGUAUCAAGGCGAUGGAUUUGAGCUAG